GCGCAGGGCCCGGGCCGGCCCCCUGCCGGGGACUCGCGGCGCUCGGCACUGUGGCCGCCAGAGGCUCCGCCGCCCCGCAGCUCCCGGAGCGCCCGAGGGAGCACGCCAGCCCGGUCUCCAGGAAGCUCGCGCCCGCAGUCUCCCUCUAGGACCGCGGCUGCAGCGAGAGGAAGGAGCCGCCUGGCCUUUGGCAUUGGAGCCCGAACUUCAGCCUCCCGCCACGCGGUGUCCAGGAGGCCGCGGGCAGCCACGCGCGCCACGAGUGGGCGCCCCGUCCUGCUGCUGCCCGUCCGCCUCGAGCUCCCGAGCUCCCGAGCCCCAGCCCGGGAGGAGUCGCCUUGCUGCACCCUGGGACCGGCGGAAACUCUGGCACUCUCCCGAGUGAGGGGCAGCCUCGCCUUUUGCUGGACGCUGGAUUUCAGACGCAUGAAUCCCUGAGCCGCCUGGCUUUCCGGCUGACUCUGACCUCCGCGUCC